UGAAGUCCUGGUGAGAUUUGCUUAUUCUUAUCUCAGUCUGCACGUUGCCUGAUGGUGACUAAUAAGAAAUUACAUCGUCCCAUAACAAACCAGAAGUAAACGCUAUUUACACGCGUCUUGGGGGAUUCAAUAUAAAAAGGAGAGCUUGCAGAACUAGACUCACUCUCAACACUUCAACUGGAUUACCGACACACUCAUUGAAGCAUUACUGAUCUUGAAGCACAGAACCAAUGUUUUUUUUUUCUUUUUUCUUUUUCUGAUCUGACUUAAUUCAAAGACUUUUUUUUAACAUUUGAAGAAUUUUAAUUUAUUACAAAAUGGAAUUACGUGUGUUUUUUUCACUGAUAUUUGUGAUCUAUUCUGGACUUUUAGAUACAGUUGCCUCGGUUGUCUCCAUCUCCGAGUUCCCGACCGUUUCCAGUGCCCCCUUGCGGCGUGUCAGGUCAAAACGCUGCUCCUGCUCUUCAUUCUUAGACAAGGAGUGUGUUUACUUUUGUCACCUAGACAUCAUCUGGAUCAACACCCCAGAACGAACUGUAUCCUAUGGACUUGGAAGCCCUCCAAGAAGAAAGCGAUCGCUUCAGGAAUCUGUUUUGGGCACGCUGUUAGAUACACGCCCGAGGUGCAAAUGCUCAAAUAUGAAGGACAAAAAGUGUUUGGAUUUAUGUCAGCCUGAAACAGACUUAAGAACGCCACCCCCACAAGAAAAACUGGAAAACGUCCAAGAAAAUAACAUGGAUUGUACAGGAAAGCAAUGCAUAUACAAACUGGCAGCCAACAACAGGAACAUUAAAAGGUUAAAGUACAGAAGCCACAGCAGCACCCUGGCAUUGAUUGCGAAUUCCAAACUGAAAACCAGGCUUUUAUUAGAGAAGUGGAGUAAAGGCUGGAGUAACAGGUCUAAAAUAUGGGACAGCCUGAUGGCAGCCUCCUAAAACCACUGGGACAGCCAAAUCUGGAGAGCUUGUUUUAGGCAUAGCAGAGAAGCUUGCUGGUAUAGCUCUAAGUCGGAACAGACUAGCCUUCCGUUCAGGCAAGAGACCAUGGAUAAUUGUUUAAUAUUUCUGUAGCAGAAGGAUAUAUGACAGGAGCAUCUUGCCAACAUCCUGUGGAAACGGAUUGGAGUGCUAAAUCUGCACCGGGUGUGAGAUGGACUAGGGGAAAUCCCUCUAAAAGAUAUUGCUGCUUGAGGAGUGUUAGUAAAAGCGAGAACCUUUUUGCAGAUACGCUGAACUAGAAUGUUAUAAUCAGGCAUCUAACGCUUGGUGGCUUUUCAGUGUGCACACUUUACCAGAAUCGAUGGAUGUGAACUGAGUACUGGAGGCACAACCUCUUUUGCACCAAAUGAAGAAUCUGCUAAAUGCGUGACAUUCCUGAUCAGACAUUUUCCAAAUGACAUGCCUACCUCUUUCACACUUGUCUAUGCAGUGUGCCCCUGCCUGCAAUGUGUUUUGGCUGCUUCUGUCGGAACUUUCCUUCACCAUGCAGUUUAUUGACAAAUCCAUGCGUUUGAAAACAGUAUUAGUACUCAUACUGGAGAAUACAUUGGACCUAAGUAACUAACAUUCUGUGUGUUCUAAAUAAUGACUAAAAGUCACAGUGAGUGUUUACAUUGUUUGGUUCAACUAAGAGCAGCACAUUGAUCUUACUGGGCUUGGACAAGAACAUUGAAGCACAUGCAGUAUGCAAACAUGACUGAUAUUCAUUAAGAACUCUCAAAAGUCAUGCCUCUAGGGCCAGUCUGGAGAAUUAGUUUUGUUUUUCCACGCCCAGCUUUCCUGAAUGAAUCAUGUCCAGAACACUCUGUAGGCCUUGUAACCUGCUGUUCAUGCUGUCCAUGAUGUUAUGUUAUAUAUUCCAUUUUUUUUUGGUCCAACCCCUGUAUGUGCCUUGCUGUUCCAGGAUGAAUACCCAUUGUUAACAAACAAUGCAUGGACACGUUUCAGUCCUUAAAUAAACCUUACAAGUUUGUUUGUUAACUGUUUUAUAAAACGAACCAAUCCAUUUGUACUUAUACAAAAAAUGGAGAAGAUUGUGAUCACUGUCACAAAGUAGAGUGUAACUGGCAGAUCUAAACACUGACAUAAACACUUCAGUGUUAAUCCAGCUGGGAUGACAUAUUAACAUUACUACAAACAAUUAAAAAAAAAAAUACAAUGAAAUGAGAGCCACAGAAAACCAGGUUUUAAAACAUUAGGGUGGUGUUAAAAUCUGCCAUUGUUUGGAGCAAUAAAAUAGACCCUGUCUUAUUCAAGAGAGGCUUUUAAUGCAACUAGCUUAGCUAGCUAACCAUUGUCUUGCUAAAAAUGUUGUGUAUAUUUUAUAUAAAUAUUUAAAUUAAAAUUGGUCACAGUAUUUUAUUGAAAUAUAUAUGGCUCUUAAUAUGAUUUAACCAUGUUAAAUAUGUGUUUAAUACAGGCCAUAUUGGUCUAUGAUCAUGCUGUAUGUAAUAUCUUUAUGAAAAGUUUUGAAAUGUUGUUGUACCCAGAGGGGAAAAACCCUUUUGGAAAUAAAUAUGAUAUAAACUA